AUGAGAAGGAAGUACUGCAGGGCAGUCAUAAACAAGCUGGACACCACAAGGAACGAGAGUGAUAACAUAGAGGAUAUAUGGGAGCAGCAGAAAAAUGCCUAUACAAAAGCGGCAGAAGAGGUGCUUGGGUACAAGAAAAGGGUGAACAAACCAUGGAUCAGCAACGAUACUUGGAGGCUGAUCGACGAGAGAAGAACUGCCAAGGUACGGGUAGAAAGCACCCGAUCAGAAAGAAUUAAAAACAGAAUGAGAGAAGAGUACAGAGAAAAGGACAGGGAAGUGAAGAGGAGCGUAAGAGAAGACAAAAGAAUGUGGAUGUCGGAAAAAGCGGCGAAAGCACAGAACGCAGCAGAAAACGGAAGACAAAAAGAAUUGUACAGUAUAGUGAAGCGGCUGACAGGACAGAGUACCAGCACCAGGCAAACUGCAGCAGUGAAGAGUGUGAACGGGGAGCUGCUGAAGAGCAAAGAGGCCAGAAUGGCUAGAUGGAAGGAACAUUUUCAGGAAGUUCUCAACAGAGAAGCACCAGAGGAACCACCAGAGGAAGUGGGAGAGGAAGGACAGGAGCUCGAUAUCUCAGUUGAGGCACCAGAUGUGGCGGAAACAAGGGCCGCACUGAAGACCCUCAGGAAUGGAGGUGCCCCUAGCUGGGCAGACGAAAUUUCAGCCGAAAUGCUUAAAGCAGAUACCGAACGGACCAGCUUAGAGUUGAAGUGGAUAUUUGACUUGAUUUGGGACCAAGAGACGGUGCCGACACAGUGGACCAAGGGACUCAUUUGCAAAAUCCCGAAACGAGGGAACCUUCAGGACUGUGGAAACUGGAGGGGAGUUACAUUGUUGCCCCUGGCCAGCAAGGUGCUCAGCAAGAUCCUCAUCAACAGAAUACAAGGUGGAGUGGAUACAUUGCUCAGGAAGGAACAAGCAGGCUUCAGGAGGGUGACGUCCAAGCCUUGUGCGCCGUAUGGCGCGGAGAGAGCGGAACAUGUAUCGACUUUUACAAUUCAAUGA